AUGCAAGGUCAUUCUGAUGCUAUACCAUCCGUUUCCUUCUCUCCGGAUGGCUCGCAAAUCGCCUCGGGCUCAAAGGACAAGACGAUCCGGAUUUGGAACGCGGACACCGGAAAGGAAGUCGGCGAGCCUUUACGGGGGCACACGGACUACGUCAACUCGGUGUCGUUUUCCCCCGAUGGAAAGCGCCUUGCCUCGGCCUCACAUGACUUCACCGUGCGACUGUGGGACGUGCAGACAGGGCAGCAGAUCGGGCAGCCGCUCGAAGGGCAUACGUGGAUGGUUUUGUGUGUCGCAUUCUCACCCGACGGCAACCGCAUCGUCUCGGGCUCAUCCGAUGAGACGCUCCGACUCUGGGACGCGCGGACGGGACAGGCCAUCGGCGAGCCUCUACGGGGUCAACAGGUCAUCGGCAAGCCUUUCCGGAGUCACUCUGACUAUGUUAACAGCGUCGCAUUUUCACCGGAUGGGAAGCACAUCGCCUCUGGAUCCGACGACAAGACCAUUCGACUCUGGGACGCCAGAACAGGCCAGCCAGUCGGGGACCCGCUGCGAGGCCACAAUGACUGGGUUCGCUCAGUUGCAUAUUCCCCCGAUAGCGCGCGCAUCGUCUCGGGCUCCGACGACAAUACGAUCCGGAUCUGGGACGCUCAGACAAGGCAGACGGUGGUGGGGCCACUGCAAGGGCACAAAAACGUGGUCCGCUCUGUGGCAUUCUCGCCGGAUGGCGAGCACAUCGUCUCCGGCUCCUUUGACGGUACGAUGCGGAUAUGGGACGCGCAGACGGGACAGACAGUGGCGGGGCCUUGGGAAGCUCACGGUGGCGAAUAUGGGGUUCUCUCCGUUGCGUUCUCGCCCGAUGGCAAGCGCGUCGUCUCUGGGGGUUGGGACGAUCUGGUGAAAAUAUGGGAUGGAGAGGUCGAUUAG